AUGUACACCACGUACAACACGUACGUGAUUUGCGCCUUUGCCGCCCUCGGUGGUGGUCUUUUUGGCUUUGAUAUUUCCUCAAUGAGCGGUGUCUUGGGCACCAAAGCUUAUAUCAAUUAUUUCCAUAAUCCGAGGUCUUACGGCCAGGGAGGCAUUACAGCUUCUAUGCCGGCAGGCUCUCUUUUUGGAGCUUUGUCUUCAUCGUUCAUUGCCGAUCGGCUUUCGCGUAAGGCUGCUAUUCAGGUCGCCGCCGUGAUCUGGAUGAUUGGUGGCGCCCUUCAAGCAAGCGCCCAAAACGUCGCACAUCUGUGCGUUGGACGUGUGGUUGCCGGCGUUUCCAUUGGUAUUUGCUCGGCAAUGGUUCCUGUUUAUCAGGCUGAAAUUGCUCCAAAGGAGAUUCGUGGAAGGGUCGUUUCUCUCCAGCAAUGGGCAAUCACUUGGGGCAUUUUGAUUCAGUACUUCAUACAAUAUGGUUCAUCCUUCGUCUGUGGUGGCCCGAACGAUCCCAAUCAGUGCACUGCCGCAUUUCGCAUUCCAUGGGGUGUCCAAAUCAUACCAGGUGCAAUUUUGCUCGUUGGCAUGUUUUUUCUCCCUUACUCUCCACGUUGGUUGGCUGGUAAGGACCGCUGGGAUGAGGCGCUUCAGGUUCUAGCCAACCUCCACGGCAAAGGCAAUAAGGAUGACCCUAGAGUGUUAGCCGAGUACGAGGAGAUUCAGGAGGUCAUCCGAUUCGAACGUGAGGAGGCCAUCUCAUCUUACCGCCAGCUCGUCGCCCCAUCAAUGCUCAAGCGUGUGAUCCUUGGCAUGUCCAUUCAGAUGUGGUCCCAGCUAUGCGGCAUGAACAUCAUGAUGUACUAUAUUGUCUACAUCAUGCAAGCUGCCCAAAUUGCCUCACCGCUCUUGACUGCAUCUAUCCAGUACAUCAUAAAUGUGGCUCUGACCCUUCCUGCUAUUCUCUACCUCGACAAGUUUGGUCGUCGUCCAGCUAUGAUUCUCGGCUCCUUUGGCAUGAUGUCUUUCCUCUUCAUUAGUGGUGCCUUGCAAGGUGCUUAUGGGGAGCCUAAUCACAAUCCCGACAUCGAUGCCACCUGGAUCAUUCCAAAGAGCAGGUCUGACGUCUCCAAAGCUGUUGUCUCGAUGUCGUACUUGUUCGUAGCGACAUUUGCGACAACCUGGGGUCCAGCUUCUUGGACCUACCCAUCUGAGAUUUUCCCGCUCAAGAUCCGAGCAAAGGCCGUCUCCCUUGCCACUGCAUCGAACUGGGGAUGGAACUGCGUCCUGGCCUUUGCUGUGCCUCCUCUCCUAACUAAUAUUAGCUGGAAAAUGUACAUGAUAUUUGGCACAUUCAAUGCACUUGCUCUUAUACACAUGUUCUUGGCUGCACCAGAGACCAAAGGCCGAACACUCGAGGAAAUGGAUGAAAUAUUUGAUAACGGCAAAUGGCCAUGGCAGCAAGAGCGUAUCCAGACCUCUAGACUCGACAGACUGGCAGCAGAUAUUGAGACUGGUCAACACAAAGUUGCCGGCAUCCCCGGUACAGCAGGACACGGUGGGGGUGAGGUUGUAAAGGUCACCCAGGAUGUUGAGAAGAAAGAGUAA